CUACGUGUCCCCCCGCUCCCGAGUAUUUCAUUCUCAUUGUCCACAUAGCUUUUAUGCUAGUCAGAAACUAGCGCUCUACAAAGACUUUCAAUGUUUUCUACGCGCGUCUGAACUCGUUAGUAUUUUAACCGGACGUUUGGAAAUUUGACGACUCCGCCAUGAGCAAGAGAAAAGCACCACAAGAAUCUUUAAACGAGGGAAUAACAGACUUUCUUGUCGAGUUGGCCAACUACGAGAAGAACGUUAACAGGGCAAUUCACAAGUACAAUGCUUACAGGAAAGCAGCGUCAACAAUUGCCAAAUACCCGCAAAAGAUUAGGAAUGGCGAAGAAGCCAAGAAACUGGAAGGCGUUGGUGCUAAAAUAGCUGAAAAGAUUGAUGAGUACUUGCAGACAGGAACCCUACGGAAACUGGAAAAGAUUCGAAACGACGACACCAGUUCUUCUAUCAAUUUUCUUACAAGAGUAACUGGAAUUGGCCCGGCUGCCGCACGGAAGUUUUUCGAAGAAGGCGUGAAGACUCUUGAAGAUUUGAAAAAGAUAGAAAACAAGCUUAACCAUCAUCAACAGAUUGGCCUCAAGUACUUUGAGGACUUUGAGAAAAGGAUUCCACGAGCUGAAAUGGAAAAGAUGGAGACACUUAUCCUUGGGGAGUUGACAAAGAUUGACACUGACUAUAUCGGAACGAUCUGCGGAAGUUACAGGCGAGGCGCGGCAUCAAGCGGGGAUAUUGAUAUUUUGCUGACCCACCCGGACUUCACCUCUCAGACUGAGAAGCAACCAAAGCUCCUCCACGCUGUAGUGGAACAUUUGGAGUCGAUUGGCUUUGUGACCGACACUCUCUCUAAAGGCGACUCCAAGUUCAUGGGAGUCUGUCAGCUGCAACAAGGAGAUGAAGAUGAGGAAGAAUACCUUCACAGGCGCAUUGAUAUCAGGUUGAUCCCCAAGGACCAAUACUACUGUGGCGUUCUCUAUUUCACUGGGAGUGAUAUCUUCAAUAAAAACAUGAGAACUCACGCUUUGGAGAAGGGCUUCACGCUCAAUGAGUACACCAUACGACCACUUGGGGUCACUGGUGUAGCAGGGGAGCCUCUGCUGGUGGAUAGUGAAAAGGAUAUCUUUGAUUACAUCCAGUACAAAUACAAGGAGCCGAAGGAUCGCAGUGAAUAAAGACAAAGACGACUUUUAAGUAUUGAAAAUGUGGCUUUGGGGACACAUCAACCAGCAUGCAGAGGUGAAGUUUAUUUAGUGGUGUCCUCUCGACAAAGAUCAACUCCUCCAAUCCGAAUCACAUUUUCUGUGUAUUGGCAAUCCACUCUCUGUCAUCAGGUUUAUCUGCAUUGGCACAUGCAAUGGAUAGCUUUAGAUUUGUAUUUAAUAGAACAUGCCAGUGCAGUUCUUAAAUAUGUGUGUGUGUGGGGGCGGGGGGGUUGCUAUUAUGGUAAAAAUAUGAAGACAAGCAUUUGUUUAUGGCUGCUGUACUAGUGGUCACAUUUGUAUUAUAUUUUCAGGGCAGUUAUAAAUAUCGGUAACUACUGUAGUUCACUGUCAGUGAAAUGCUGCAGUAUCAUUUUCUUCUGAGCAACAAUUCUAAAUUCAGGAGAGUCUUGAAUGGCUAAAAAAAAAUAAAGACUUUUAGAAAAAAAUAUGUCCUUGGCUGUACUUAUAAUAGUACUGGUAUAUCUACAUACUCUAUAUAUGAGAAUAUGUACCGGUAAUGUAAAUUCCCCACACAAUGGCUGUAAAGUCUACAUACCCCUGUUCAACUGUAAGCUUUUUGUGAAUUUAAAAACAACAUAAAUCAUUUCAAAACUUUUUUCCACCUUUAAUGUGACCUAUUACCUGUACAACGCCAUUGGAAAAUACAAUAUUUAGUAAAACUAAA